AUGGAGGAUUACACCACCGUCUUCGCUGAUCCUGUCUCCAUUAUCUCCGAACGUGUCCUAAAUGCGGACUCGGAGGACGACAAGCUUCAACAUCGAUUUCGAGUUUCACAUCUACCAGCGGUGAUGACUCAAAUCACAGGCGAAGGAUGGAAGAAUCCACAUCAACACCUUCUCCAAUGGAGGAUUCCCCCACAAGCGGUGAGCGGGUGA